CCGCGGGGUCCGGGUACCGAGGCGCGCUUCGUUUCUUUGGUACGAUUUCUAGCUACUGUCUCAAAUGCGGUGUGCGUGAACCAGCUGUGUUUGAGUUCUUCAACUCUUCCCCGGACUCCCAAAUGGUGGGGAAUUCGAGCCGAAUCAAGAGCUCAUAAGAACGGUGCGCGGAUAUCUCUUCUGGUUUCUGAGGUGUUCCCGGCUGGUGCCGUACCACGAUGCCUCUCGAUCUACGAGGAGCCGUCAUCCAGACGUGCAAGUAUUCGAUGGGCUUAUCGAUUCUGGGAUUGAUUCUCAUCGUAGCGCGGUUGAUGGAGGUUUCGAGAGAAAUUGAAUUCUUGAAAGUCGUCGAGAUCGAUUGGUUGGGACAAUUCGAAGAUCUGACUCAAGGGAACAGAUCUAUUCUCAGAACGGACGUGUUCAUCUUCAUAGGCGAACUCACCGCAUCCCGAACGAUAUUGAUAUUGAGUGCCAUUUUCGUUCUCGUAUACAUCUUAUCUUGGUGGUGGAUGGUAUUCGCCCUCAAACAGGCUAAGGACGAUGGAAGCGUCCCGCUCCGGACCGUUCUGCUGCUGUCAAUCUUCGCUGCGGUCGAUAUUGCGGCGAGCGCGGGCUUCAUCCUGCUAAGGAUCAUUAUGUUCCUGAUUAGAGACAAGCAGUACCCCUCUGAUCUGAGGAUUCCCUCUCCAGCAGAUUUUGAGCAUUAUCCGGCGAUCGCGGCUUUCAGGUUGGCGACUUUGAAGUCAUCAACAGCGACCACGGAUAUCGUUGUUUCCGUCAUCGUGGGCUUCCUCACAGGAUUGCGAGUCUAUUCGGUGGCGAACAUCAUCCACUUCUACAAGCGUAGCAAGAAAGGCGACAUGUAUGGCGAGUACAACAGCGAAAUGUACUCCGAACGAAUGGAAGAGCUUAAGCCGGACACUCUGGAAAAAGCCUAUUCGACGCUCCCGAAACCGGGCUCCGCAUACCCUCUGAGCUCUCCUGCCUCCUUCAUCGGCUCACCGAUCAAUCGAGCGCCUUCAGUUCAUUCGGCCGCCGUGCGAGCUCGUCCGAUGAGUUUGAAUGGAGUGGUGGGCGGAUUGGGUGCUCUCGAGAGACGCUCCUGGGCCCAGGCGCAGAACACGGCCACCAGCAUUAUAGACGAGCCCUUGCGGAACGACGGCGAACUGCAGAUUCAGGCGGCCGACAUGCCUCUCGAGAUGCAAAAAACUGCCGUCCAGUCGGCGUUGCAAGCGAUCCGUUUAUACGGAAGUGAAAAACACGUCGCCGAGGCCAUCAAACAAGAUUUCGACCAACUAUAUUCUCCUACGUGGCAUUGCAUCGUGGGCAGGAAUUGGGGCUCGUGCGUGACGCACUCGAAAAAGUGUUACGUCCGGAUGAAUUGGAAGGACAUGACCAUAUUAUUGUAUCGAUCGAUAUAGGUCGUCGGCGCUUCCGUUUAUUUGCUCAACUCAAGUCGUCUCCCUCCCCAGAGAACGUCAGAAGACAUGGCGUCGUCGAUAGACGUAUUUAACGGGGUACAGGCGCAAGG